CAAAGUACAGCGUUGCUCAGUUCACCAUUAGUCAGUUCUGACACUCAAAUAGUGAUGACUUCCACAACUGGACUGACGGCUACUCUACCAUCAACUGAUACACCAGUUCACUCAUCAGUAAGUCACUCAUCUGUAAUUCCAUCUUCAUUUGCUACAACAGCAGUGCUGACAAGUACUCCAGCAAUAACUGGCACAACACCAUUACCUACAAGUGCAUCAACUGACACAACUAAAUUGUCAGCAAGUUUUCCAUCAUCUGCAAUCACAGAAACUGCAUUGUUGAACAGUACUGGAAUCUCAACAGUUCCUAUGGAUUCUUCUUCAGUCCCAAGCACCCAAAGCACACUUUUGAUAGAAACAAGCACUUCAAUUAUUGCAUCACCUUCAGCAACACAUAUGUCAAGUGCUACCAUGACUAGAACAGUAACGGUAGAGUCAUCAUCUGUUGUGAAAACUAUGGCAACAACAUCAACGAUGGUGUCUUCAUCAGUUGUGGAAACCAUGGCAACAACAUCAACGAUGGUGUCUUCACCAGUUGUGGGUACCAUGACAACAUCAACAAGUUUGCCUUCAUCAGUUGUCCUCACAAGCUCCCCAAUAGCGCCAACUGCAACUACAACAUCAGCAACAGCAUCAUCAUCUGUUGUUCCGACUACAAUUCCUCCAACAACCAUUCCUUUAAGACAACGAACAUGUAAGGACAAUCCAUGCAACAGUGGGACAUGCCUGGACCAACCAGAUUCAAUUGGUUUCAAUUUCACUUGUAUGUGUCCAAAACCAACRUACGGACCACGAUGUAGCACAGAUUUCAAGCUUCACUUCCCUCGCUUUGGCAAUGGCUCUUUCCUWGAACACAAGCCAAUUGGAGAUCUAAAGGACUUCAAUAAGAUUGUUAUAACUUUUAAGACGACUGCWCUUAAUGGCUUGCUAUUCUAUUCAGCUCAGAGUAUAGACUUCAUUCAGCUUUUUGUCAUARAUGGUYACCUGGAGUUUAGAUUUAACGCUGGAGAUGGUUUGGUUGGCAUCAGAAGUGAYGUAAMAGUGAAUACUGGGAAAAUCGUAACAGCUGUUUUGACAUAUGACGGCAGCAAAAAAGAAGGCACACUACAAGUGGACAAAAACGAGCCAAAGAAGCAGCGUUCUAAUGGAGUCUUGGUAGGGAUUGGACUGAGAAGUAGUGAAUUAUACAUUGGUGGAUUAAAACCUGGCAAGAAGAUUAAUACCAAUGCUGGAGGGAAGGAUGUGCCUACUUUUGAUGGAUGYAUCAAGGAUUUCGAGAUGAACAAUAAAGAGAUCAAGUUUACWGAACCAGAUGCAUURGAUUGGAAUAAUCUUUAUGAAUGCGACAAGCCCUGUGAACACCAACCCUGUCAAAUCAAAGGAAACUGCACUGACGAUCUUGAGGAUCCACACGAUUACCGCUGCACAUGUCCUGACCAAUACACUGGCAAGAAGUGUGAUGUCCGUAGUGUUUGUAGUGGAGACCCUUGUAAAGGUGGACUUUGUAUUGCCAGCUCCAAUGAAGAMAGCAAAAAAUGCUUGUGUCCUUAUGAAAGAGCUGGCAUCACUUGUGAAGAUGAUCUCAACAUCACAAUACCUUGUUUCGCAAUGGCUUUUAACUAUUCAUCCUACAUUCAAUACCAAUCGCCAAAAGACGGAGUGCARUAUUUUAGUAUAUCCCUCCAAUUCAGCUUAGACAACACAAGCUCUGCGGCAGUGAACAGUCUUCUUGCAUAUUCUGGACAAGAAAACUUCAAAACCCAAGGUGAUGACUACAUAGCUCUUGGCAUYGUUAACAAUAAAGUAGUAUUUCUAUAUGAGCUUGGAAGUGGCGCUGCAAGAAUAACUAGUGAUGUUUUGGAUGGUAACCUUGAGUGGCACUCCGUGGUCGCAGGACGAAAAGGAAAAGAAGGAUUUCUCCAUGUUGACAGCCAGCCYACAAAGCGUGGAAGCUCCCCUGGYAACCUUGUUGGAUUCAAUACWUUUGGYCCUYUAAACAUUGGUGGUGUUCCAAACUUAAAUGACCUYAAUGACAUUGAAUUUAAGASUGGCUUUCAGGGUUGUAUGAGCAACUUGAGGAUCAAAUUUGGAGAGCAAGCACAAUUCAUCCAACUGUCAACAACGCAGGCUGGAAGCAGCGAAUGGCGGGUCAGAUCWGGGAGAAAUGUUGGCAACAAGAAUUAUAAUGGUUGUAAUAAAAAUCCUUGUCAGAAUAAUGGAACUUGUAUAAGCAAAGGAGCCAGUGUUACUUGCAACUGUAAUAGUGGCUGGCAUGGGACAUUUUGUGCAAGUAAAGACAUUCCAUGCGUUACACAUAAUCCUUGUGCAUCACCGUCAACAUGCCGUGAGGUCAACAACAGUGCUGUGUGCGAUUGCGCUUUGGGGAAAACUGGAAAGACUUGUUCUGAAUCACUAGUAAUACAGACACCACGUUUCAUYGAAAACUCCUAUAUGUCCUUUGGUCGUGCAAAACAAGCAAGUAAACCCAUCUACACCAACACAAGCAUCAAGAUUACUUUUAAUCCAAGCAAUGCAAAUGGACUGCUUUUUUAUGUCACCCAUGAGAUAACAAGCCAGGAGARAGACUUUUUGUCUAUAAGUCUACACAAUGGGUUUGUGCAUUAUCGUUAUGACCUUGGCAAAGGCACGGCCAAUAUGCAAAGUCAAAAAGCCAUCUCUCUCAAUACUGGACAUACAGUYRUUGUMACAAGGAAUGCAAAGUCUGGGACUCUGAAAGUUGACAGUGAAGCAGUGAUAUCAGGACAAUCGCCAGGRAAUGCUGUUGGAUUGRACGUCAAAUCUGACUUUUAUGUAGGAGGCGUUCCACAGUUAUCAAAAGUUAAUCCAUCAGCUGUUGUGGAUAAUAAAUCCUUGAAGGACUUUGUUGGUUGUGUUACAUCAGUAACGAUUAAUGAAAUCUCGUUAGUUCUCACAGAAAAAGGUGCAAAAGCAGGGAGGAAUAUUCAAAACUGCCCACAGGACUCUAAAAAUGCUUAAUAUUGUAGCUAUAAAACUUAAAGUAACUAAUUUUUAAUUCMUAAAACGUUUAGUUAUCAUACAAAGAAAUAGUUUAUUAAUCAGAGAGUUAUAUAAUUCAGUUUUAAUGACUCAURUGUACAGUUUUCUAAGAAUAUAUUUAGUUGAUUUUUACAUAAUGAAAGAAAGCCAUUUAGUGAUUGUAAAUAAUUUUAUURAUAAUAAUUAAUAAGCUUUAAUAAGACAAAAUUGUAAACGAUGGAGUUAUCGAAACGUUUCUCAGAUUACAGUGACAGUGGUUACUACAGGCUCUCUUGAAGAGAAUACGGGCUGAGUGACWUGUGUCAAUCAACCUCCAUCCUUUUUUAGAGAGCCUGUGACUACUUUAGCCUCCCUCGCAGGCUACUCCAUCGGAAACAGACUUUUUCUUUUCUUGGUCUUCCUGUAUUCAUAUUCUUGAACGAGAAGAACUGGUGUCCUUCCUUUCUAUCCCCCUCCCCCUCCGGCACUUUUUUGUGCCUUAACACAGGAACCCCACGGAGUAGAGUUGCCUGCG